UAAAAAGCCAGCCCGCCUGGGGCGGCGGCGCAGAGCCGGGCCCGGCGCACGAGGCAGCCAGCGCGGCCAUGACGGCGGAGAAGGCGCUGCCUCUGGGCAAUGGGAAGGCUGCCGAGGAGGCGCGAGAGUCCGAGGCGCCGGGCGGCGGCGGCAGCGGGGGCGCGGCGGCCGCGCGCGACAAGCGCGAGAAGACAGUCCACGAGCGCGGCCACUGGAACAACAAGGUGGAGUUCGUGCUGAGCGUGGCUGGGGAGAUCAUAGGGCUGGGCAACGUGUGGCGCUUCCCUUACCUGUGCUACAAGAACGGAGGAGGGGCAUUCCUGAUUCCCUACGUGGUGUUUUUUAUCUGCUGUGGAAUUCCUGUCUUUUUCUUGGAAACAGCUCUGGGACAGUUCACAAGUGAAGGUGGCAUUACAUGUUGGAGAAAAGUUUGCCCUUUAUUCGAAGGCAUUGGCUAUGCAACACAGGUGAUUGAGGCCCAUCUAAAUGUCUACUACAUCAUCAUCCUGGCCUGGGCCAUUUUCUACCUGAGCAACUGCUUCACCACUGAGCUCCCUUGGGCCACCUGUGGACAUGAAUGGAACACAGAAAAUUGUGUGGAGUUCCAGAAACUGAACAUGAGCAACCACAGUCAUGUGUCCCUGCAGAACGCCACCUCUCCUGUCAUGGAGUUUUGGGAGCACCGGGUCUUGGCCAUCUCAGAUGGGAUCGAGCACAUUGGGAAUCUCCGCUGGGAGCUAGCCUUGUGUCUCCUGGCGGCCUGGACCAUCUGCUACUUCUGUAUCUGGAAGGGGACCAAGUCCACAGGAAAGGUUGUAUAUGUCACCGCGACAUUCCCCUAUGUCAUGCUUCUGAUCCUCCUGAUCCGCGGGCUCACGUUGCCAGGGGCAACCGAAGGCAUCAAGUUCUACCUGUACCCUGACCUCUCCCGGCUCUCCGACCCACAGGUCUGGGUAGAUGCUGGGACGCAGAUCUUUUUCUCCUAUGCCAUCUGCCUGGGUUGUCUGACUGCUCUGGGAAGUUAUAACAAUUAUAACAACAACUGCUACAGGGACUGCAUCAUGCUCUGUUGCCUGAACAGUGGCACCAGCUUUGUGGCUGGUUUUGCCAUCUUCUCAGUCCUGGGCUUCAUGGCAUAUGAGCAGGGGGUGCCCAUUGCCGAGGUGGCAGAGUCAGGCCCUGGCCUGGCCUUCAUCGCUUACCCCAAGGCUGUCACCAUGAUGCCUCUCUCCCCACUGUGGGCCACCUUGUUCUUCAUGAUGCUCAUCUUCCUGGGCCUGGACAGCCAGUUUGUGUGCGUGGAAAGCCUUGUGACAGCUGUAGUGGACAUGUACCCCAAGGUCUUCCGGAGGGGCUAUCGGCGGGAGCUGCUCAUCCUGGCCCUGUCGGUUGUCUCCUAUUUUCUGGGCCUCGUGAUGUUAACAGAGGGCGGCAUGUACAUCUUCCAGCUCUUUGACUCCUAUGCUGCCAGUGGGAUGUGCCUUCUCUUUGUGGCCAUCUUUGAGUGUGUCUGCAUCGGCUGGGUGUACGGAAGCAACCGCUUCUAUGAUAACAUCGAAGACAUGAUUGGCUACCGGCCAUUGUCACUCAUUAAAUGGUGCUGGAAGGUCGUGACCCCCGGGAUCUGUGCGAGUAUCUUCAUCUUCUUCCUGGUCAAAUACAAACCUCUAAAGUACAAUAACAUCUACACCUACCCUGCCUGGGGCUACGGCAUCGGCUGGCUCAUGGCCCUGUCCUCCAUGCUCUGCAUCCCGCUCUGGACCUUCAUCAAGGUGUGGAAGACGGAGGGGACGCUGCCUGAGAAAUUCCGCAAGUUGACGAUCCCGAGCUCCAAUCUGAAAAUGCGGGGCAAGCUUGGGACAGGCCCACGGACAGUGAUGGUUAAUGACUGUGAAGCCAAACUCAAGGGCGAUGGGACCAUUGCAGCCAUCACAGAGAAGGAGACGCACUUCUGAGUGACGUGUGUGCCUCGGACGCCCCUCCUUCCUCUCCUCCCACCGUGUGUAUAAAUGAAUAUCUGAAACAUGCACGUCACCUAAUGGUAGAGGCUUGCUCAUUUUGCACAGGAUUUAUUAACAAGUUAAUUUUAAGGUGGCUGUGUACACUCUCGUACAAAGUCACAUUCCCCUCUUCGCCCCCGUUAUCAUGUAAGUAACAUUACAAAGAGAUAAUACUGUGCAGGGACUAGCAGAAUCUUCUUGUGCUAGGACGGUUUUAAACAAUAUUUUCUAGGGGCCAGGAAGAAGUUGUAUCCUAUGGUCAAACUUUUAUACCCAGGCUGUGGGGCAGGUUGGGUGGGAGCCAUGCCUGUCCUCCUCUCUCAGCCUUUUAACUGACCAGUCCAUGUCCCAUGUUUGUCCCUGACCAUUGCAGCUGCCCCUCCUCCCGUGCCCCCAGGGGAAGGCUUUGCCUUCAAGCCCUCCCUUUCAGUCUCCUAACCUCUUAGUGGGUUUGCAGUCAGCAAGGCUGUGUCUGAGAAGGAAGUCCUACCAGACCUCAGACCUCCCACUGCCCUGUCCCCUCUAAGUGGCCUUGAGCCCUCCUUUCCCCUUCCCUGCCUCAGUUUCCCUAUCUUCCAAAUGGGGAGGGCUGGGUCAGGUGACCUCUGAAGCCCUUCCCAGCCUGGCUGCGUCUCUGGUGAUUCUCCUGAUGCCUCACUGCUGGCAGAACUGCCACCGACCUUGGGUUCUUCUGAAGACCCUGCACACCGUCACCCUCCAAACCACCUUCACCUACUUAUUUAAAAUCAAGUUUGUCAUUGAAA